AUGUCAAGUAAAAAAAAGAAAAGAUUUGAAAAAUAUCUUGAGAAAAAAUUGAAAAAAGAAGAAAGAGUGGAUUUAUUUGAGAAGCUCUCAAAAUCAUCUUAUUCUUCAAAUUUAAUGAAAUCAAGUAAAGAUCUGGGAAGAAAGAAAGAAACCAGGAAAGAAAAGCUUGCCUUAAAAUAUGGUAAACAUGGUAUAGAUGAGGAAGAAUCGAUAUCACCACCAUUUAAAAAAAAACAUAAAAGCAUUAAUAGUGCAACUGUAGACAUGGUUGGAGAAAAAAGUAAAAAUGCUAUUAAUGAAUUCAAAACUACUGUUAACCAGAUUGAAGAAAUACAGGCUGCAAAGUUGGAAAAUAUUAAUAACACAACUACAGACGCUGAAGAAAUACAGGCUACAAGAUUGAAAAAUAUUAAUCAUGCAACUGCAUACAUGGCUGAAGAAAGAAAUAAACAUACCAAUAACAACAAAUCAAAAACUUCUGUUAAAAAGACUGAGAAUAUUAAUAAUGAAACUACAGACAUGGCCGAAGAAAAUAAUAAAGAUCUUGUUAAAAAGGCAUUUUAUAUCCCAGUUGAAAGGUCUGAAGAGAUCCAGACUGCGAGGAUGGAGUUACCCAUUUGUGGAGAAGAACAAAUAAUAAUGGAAACAAUAAGUCAAAACUCAGUAGUAAUAAUAUGCGGUGAAACAGGUUCAGGAAAAACAACCCAAAUACCACAAUUUUUAUAUGAGGCUGGUUACGGAAACAAGAAUAGUGAUAAUCCUGGAAUUAUAGGAAUCACCCAACCCCGUCGUGUUGCUGCAAUUAGUAUGUCAAAACGUGUAGCAUAUGAGUUAUCAUUGAGUGAUCAAGAAGUAUCUUAUCAGAUUCGUUAUGAUGCGACAGUUUCGCCUAAAACUCCUUUAAAGAUUAUAAUUAUGUCAGCUACUUUAAGAAUUUCUGAUUUUACUGAAAAUAAAACGCUUUUCAAAAUACCACCACCUAUAAUAAAUGUCAAUACAAGACAAUACCCAGUUUCAAUUCAUUUCAACAAACGUACUCCUCAUAUUAAUCAUAUUAGUGAGGCUUUUAAAAAAGUUUGCAAGAUUCAUACAAGGCUUCCACAUGGAGCUGAUAUUGAAGUUGAAGAAAUUGAUAUUGAUCCACUUCAUAUACUUCCAUUAUAUUCUUUGCUUUCUUCAAAAGCUCAAUUACGUGUAUUUGAGCCACCACCAGAAGGAACACGGCUUUGUGUUGUUGCAACAAAUGUAGCUGAAACUUCAUUAACAAUUCCUGGAAUAAAAUAUGUUGUAGAUUGUGGUAAAGUUAAACAACGUAAAUAUGAUGCUAUCACAGGUGUACAAUCAUUCACAAUAGAUUGGACUUCAAAAGCAUCGGCAGAUCAACGUGCAGGCCGCGCAGGUAGAACAGGGCCUGGUCAUUGUUAUCGUCUUUAUUCUUCGGCUGUUUACAAUGAUCAAUUUCAAGAAUUUACACCAGCAGAAAUUCAUCGUAUGCCUAUUGAAGGUGUCGUACUUCAAAUGAAAUCUAUGAAUCUUGAUAAUAUAGUCAACUUUCCAUUUCCUACACCACCUAAUCGUGAUCAAUUGCUCAAGGCUGAGAAUCUAUUAAAGCAUAUGAAUGCAUUGGAUGAUAAUACUGGCCAAAUUACUGAAUUAGGUCGUGUUAUGGCAACAUUUCCUAUCGCCCCCAGAUUUUCCAAAAUGUUGAUAAUUGGACAACAACAUGGAUGUCUUCCGUACAUAAUUGCAAUAGUUGCUGCUCUUUCUGUUGGUGAUCCAUUUAUCAAGGAUUAUCAAAUAGAUGACAAUGAUAUAGAAAAUGAGAGCGAGAGCGAGGAAGAAGAUAUUACCGAGAAGCAGGAGUUAAACGAGAUUCAAAAAGAAUCUAUGUUCAAAAAAGAGCGUCGAAAAUUAAUGAAGAAAAGAUUUUAUGAAAUGCAAAGGAAACAUGCAGGGCUGGAUCCUAACAGUGAUAUCCUAAAAAUUUUGAAUGUUGUUGGUGCUUAUGAAUAUGAAGGAUGUACUGAAAAAUUUUGCUAUGCAAGAAAUACACAAAUUAAGGGGACAAAUUACAAAUUUAGUUCAAACUAA